UUGUGUGUCUCCAGCAGAACAGAACAGAACACAAUUACUAGCAUGGCGCUCGGCGCUAUUGGACUUCUCGUCUCUUCUGUUCGUGUUCUAAGCUUUAACUUCAUUGUCCGCUAUAUUAUCACGAUAUAAUUGUUCAUGUUUCAACGUGCGAAAGACUUACAAAGGCAAGAGGGCCGACAAACGAAGGCGGCAUAAUAGAAGUCUCUUUGGGCUUUUUAGGGAGCUUGCUGACUAGUGAGCUUAGCAGCAACAGCAACAACAGGAGCUCAUGCACACGCCAUGGCGACCGUAACUGAGGCAUGGAAGUGACGUGACAUGCGUGGUCCUUUCCUGCUGAAAACAACAGCAGAGCGCUCGAAAGGAUGGACGAGUCCGUCCUGCUGGAUUUGCUGGAGUGUCCCGUGUGUCUGGAGCGGCUGGAUGCAUCUGCCAAGGUCCUGCCCUGUCAGCACACCUUCUGCCGGCGGUGCCUGCAAAGGAUCGUGGGCUCGCGCGGGGAACUGCGCUGUCCAGAGUGCCGCACGCUGGUGGAGUGCGGCGUGGACGAGCUGCCCAGCAACAUCCUGCUGGUGCGCCUCCUGGAUGGCAUCAAGCAGAGGCCGCGCAAGCCCGGCACCACCAAUGGUUCUUCUGGGGCCGUGGGCCGGGCGGCCAGGGAGCAGGGCGCACCUGGAGUCCAACCCCAGAGAGCUCAGGCUAAGAGCUCUCUUGUCCGGGGUGUUCCCCAGCUGCCGUGUGCCAAGGCGCUCUACAACUACGACGGCAAGGAGCCGGGCGACCUCAAGUUCAGCAAGGGUGACAUCAUCAUCCUGCGCCGGCAGGUGGACGAGAACUGGUACCAUGGCGAGAUGGGAGGGGCCCACGGCUUUUUCCCCACCAACUUUGUGCAGGUCAUCAAGCCGCUGCCGCAGCCGCCGCCCCAGUGCAAGGCCCUGUACGACUUUGAGCUCAAAGACAAGGAGGCAGACAAGGACUGCUUGCCUUUCUCCAAGGAUGACAUUCUCACUGUGAUCCGCAGAGUGGAUGAAAACUGGGCCGAGGGAAUGCUGGGAGAUAAAAUUGGAAUUUUCCCCAUCACGUACGUGGAGUUCAACUCAGCGGCACGGCAGCUCAUUGAGUCGGACAAGCCCUCCGACCCCAACGGCGAGUCUGGCGAGGGAGCCUCGUCGGGGCCCCAGAGCAACGGCGCCCAGCAGGACAAGAAGAACAGCAAGAAGCGACAUUCCUUUACCUCUCUCACCAUGUCCCACAAGCCCGUGCUGGCCCCUCCCCCGCAGCGCCACUCCAUGGAGAUUAGCGGCCCGGUCCUCAUCAGCUCCAGCAACCCCACGGCCGCCGCUCGUAUCGGAGAGAUGAGCGGGGGUCUUUCCUGCAGCGCGCCUUCGCAGGUACACAUUUGCACAAGCGGACUGAUUGUGACCCCGCCCCCGAGUAGUCCCAUUACCACGGCAACGGUCUUCACCUUUCCUUCGGAGACAAGCUACACGCCCAUUGUGCUGGAUGCCCUCCCGCCACCCCCACCUCCUCCCCCACAGUCGUCAGGCGGAGGUGCGGCAUAUUCACUGGCAGCGGGACAGAGGCCCUCCCCCAGCAUUAGCGACCAAAGCGGGAGACAAAGACCCACAGUGUAUGUGGCCAUGUUCCCCUACACCCCCCGCAAGGAGGAUGAACUGGAGCUGAGGAAGGGGGAGAUGUUUGUGGUGCUGGAGCGCUGUCAGGACGGCUGGUUCAAGGGCACCUCCAUGCAUAGCGGCAAGAUGGGGGUGUUCCCGGGGAACUACAUGGGGCCGCUCGGCAGGACCGCGUCAGGGAGUGGUCAGGCCAAAGUGCCACUGGGUGUGUGCACGCAGGCGAGCAGAGGGAUCGUUGUCAGCACCUCUUCAAGCCACCUCGGAGCCAUGGUGGCCGGCCCGGACUCCGGCAAACCUCCCACCCCCCAGUCUGGCGCCACCUGUCAGCCCGCAGUGGCGCUACCGGCGGCUCAGACGGCCACGGGGCAGCAGCCCAAAGUUUCCUUACAUGUCAGCUCCCAGAUGACGGUGAAUCAGGCUCGCAACGCCGUCAGGACGGCCGCCAGUCACAGUCAGGACCGGCCCACCGCAGCAGUGACCCCCAUCCAGUCCCCCUCACCUGGAGCCUACUUCCCGCACCCAUCUGCGUGCCCUGAGCAGCCCCCCCUGGGUCCGGCUCAAGGCGGCGCUCGGACGGGAGUGGCGCUGGGGUGCGCCGCCGCCUCCCUGACCCCGCCCAAUGUCAGUGCGGCAUCCUUGGAGGGGGGGGACGCCUCGAGGCUCGUGCCUGUCGUCCUCUCUGCGCCUGCCGGGGUCGGGAACGCCUCCGCUCUCAACUCGGCUGGCGCCGCCCCCACCUGCCGACCGGACAAGGACACCAAGAGAGAAAAGAAAAGUCUUCUGAAGCUGCUGUCCAAUAAGAAGAAGUCUCGUUCUUCCCCGCCGCCCUCGCCCACGCUGGAGGCAGAGCAAGCUGCCAUCGGAGAGUCGCCUCAAGGCGCCGUGGGACCCGAAACCUCCCGUAGCUGCCCGCCUGAGCCUGACGUCGCUGCCUCUUUGGCGGUGCCGUCGUCCUCUUCUUCGUCGGAGCCCUGCCAUCGGAAGAACACACCCAUGGACGCUCCCAUCGCUCCUCCUCCUCGCCAGCCGUGCUCCUCGCUGUCAUCGCUGCAGCACGAUGCACGGCCCAUCAUCUGUGAGAGGUACCGAGUGGUGGUCUCGUACCCACCUCAGAGCGAGGCCGAGCUGGAGCUGAAGGAGGGCGACAUUGUGUUUGUGCACAGGAAGCGCGAGGACGGCUGGUUCAAAGGCACGCUGCAGAGGAACGGAAGGACCGGCCUGUUCCCCGGCAGCUUCGUGGACAUCAUCUAGACCAGCAACCUCUCAGAAACCUCUUCCUACAAAGGAUGCCUUCUACGCUUCUCCACGUAAUUGGACCACUUUAACUUAUUUGGUAGACUUCGCCCUCGUGGGCUCUUCAACUGGCAACCUGCCAACACUGCUGUUUAUUGAUAUAGUAUAUUUCAAACAUACACACCACACAUGGCUAGCGUCACAUGACAGUGCAGCCACCAUGCUCCGCCCACAACAUGAUAGCAAUAACUCGCGUCUCAUUCCGUCACUCCAACAUUCUACAGCAGGGGUGUCCAAAGUGCGGGACGAGGGCCAUUUGGGGUCCACGGCAAAAACAGCAGAAAAACUGAACAAAAAAAUCUAAAAAAAAGCCAAAAUAAAUUUAGUAAAAUUAGUUUUCAGAAAAAGUUAUGAUAAAGUCCAAAUAUUAUGGGGAGAAGACAAUUUACAACAAGAAUUGUUGUAAAAACCAGCCUAAAUAAAAUAAACAGUUGUAACUUUACAAGAAUAAAGUGAAAAUAUUAACAAGUCAUAAUUGUAUGAAAAUGAACUCAUAAUAUCUUGAGGGAAAGGAACAUUGUAUUAGUAGCAUAGAGAGUAUUAAAGCAAGUAUGAAGUAUUAAAGCAAAAAAUAUUUUUGUUUUACUUUUUUUUUAUCCUUUUUUGAAAAUUAGGUUGCGGAAAAACUGAGAAACCAAAUCACAAUUUCAUGAGAAUAAACUUAUGAUAUUACAAACGAAAAAUAAUUCCAUGUUAGUAGCACAGAGAUUAAAUAUUGAAGAAAAAAUACAGUUUUUUUUAAGUUGUAAUAAUUAUAAAAAACAAAGUAAUAAAGUUGUCAUUUAUGGAAAAUUAGGUUGCGGGAAAAGUUCUAUUGUUGUGAGAAUAAAUUCUGGGAAUUAAUUCUCACAGCAAUUAUGGAAUUAUGGGAAUGAAGUCAUAAUCAUGAGAAGACAGCUGAAAAAGUUGAAAAAUGAAAGAAACGUCUGGAAAUUUUACAAGCAUAAAGUGAAAAUAUUGAGAAAAAAUAUAUAAUAAUAUGUUUAUUUUAAAGUUGCAAUAUGGGAAACAAUUUUGGAAAAUUAGGUCAGCGUAACAGUUAUAAAAUUCUGGAAAUAAAGUAAAGUAUUAUGCAGAUAAAGUCAAAUUUUUUGAAAAAAUAUUAAGAUGAAAGGUCAAAAUUUUGAAAAUGAAUCAACAAAGAGUGAAGUUGAUAUUAAUAAUUAGUCUUUUUCUUCUAUACAACAAAGAGAUGCACUUAGUAUAUUAGUAGAAGUAGUUAUAACUUAGCAAAUCUUCACAAAAUAUCAAAGUGGCAUCCUUUCAUGUUCCACCUGUGGCCCUCGGAAAACGUUUGGACACCCCUGCCCUACUUUGAUGAUUCUUUCUCGCCACUUGAAUGAUUUCUUUGCCGUAGAGUACAAGCACUGAGCAGUUUGACCAAGUGUGCUUUUCAUAUUAUUGAAAAAAGGUUGAAAAAUAGUUUCCUGUUGCCUGUCUGUGUUGCCGUCAUCUACGGAAGGUCGCGAGCGGCAGCUGGAUGAUGCUGAGACUACAAGUCGCACCUUUCUUUCACACCAACAAACAGUCAAUCAGGCCACACAGAAAGGAAAAACAUUGAAAGUGUCUGCAGGAAGAGUUCCGUGUUUACAGAUGAGAUGCAUAGAAAAGUGGCCUUUUGGUUUGUGUGGGAAGUCUGGCUUGUUAAAAUGACAAGUUUAUACAACUUCACUUUUGCAUUUAUUAGCUAAAAUAACAACAACAACAAAACACAGACAUAAAACCGACGAUGUGCCUCACAUUUCAACAUUUUUCCUGGUCUUCAAGUUGAAAAAAACAUUAUUUCUCUUUAAUGCAAUAUUACAGUUUUUGUUGGUAAUGUGAUUAUUCCUUGACCUUGUUUCUGUUAGAGGGGACAUAUGAUGCUUUUUCCACUUUUCUGACCUAUAAAUGUCGUAACAAUUCUGGUGUUAAACCAUGCCAAAGUUUCAGAUGACAUUUGCGCAUUUGGAAGUGAGCCCUGAAAGAAGUUUGGGAUUGCUCAAAACGCUCACUUUCCGAAAUUUUUUUUCUAACACCGACUGCCUGUCACGUCGGAGUGAGCCAGACUUCCACAUAUGGGCAAGCACGGGUACAAGCUGUUAGCUGUAUAAGCUGAGUGGGUGUGCCCGGAGUCGGGCAAUGGGUGGAAUAAAUUUAAAACAGAAAUCUACGGAAAUCCAACUGGAAUAGGUGCAGAUUCUGGAAGAUCUAGAAAUCAUUCUGUGUGGCCUCUCUAUAGGAGUCCAACUCAAUACAAAGGGCUGAAAAUGAGCAUAAUAGGUCCCCUUUAAUUGAUCACACUGCUGGACUAGACAAUUGGACAUUUUUCCCAAAAUUGUACGACUUCAUUCGGAUGACAUUACAACUUGUUUUUUCCUUAACAAACAAAAGUACAUUUCACUUUACAAUAAAGUACACAAAAAUAUAGUACUUACUGAGGAACUAUUGAAGGACCAAUAAGGAACUAAUGAGUAAAGUAGUUACUGAGGAACUAAGGCACAUACAUUUAGAGUAGUUACUGAGGAAGGAUUGAGUAGUGGUUUGGGUUAUGGAGGUUUGUUCCUACUUUACUGUAAUUUUGUGUGCCUUAUUGUAAAGUGUUAGCCAGAGAAUAGCGUUUUAGUCUUGUAAUAUGGUUUGGGACUUUUUUCUAUUUAUUUUCAUGAAAAAUUACACCUUUAUUUUCAUAAUAUUGCCAGCUCAUGAUUUUUUUGUAUUUAUUUUUCUGGAAAAAUUACAACUUUAUUUGCAUAAUAUUAGAAUCCCCCAAUACAACUGCUGUAUUCAUAAUAUCCUUUUCCUCAGAACAUUGUCAUAAUAUUGGGUUGUUUUUCCCCCUCAUUUCAUAUCAGUGUGCCCCCCUGGACUUGAUGAUGAGAUGGAUACAAUGCUGCUGUUGUGGUUUAAUGUCGACUGCACACUUUCAGACUCUCUUUACCUUGUUUUUCUUUUCAAAAAAAAAUUAUUUUGAUUUUUUUUCUGUAGUGUGAAAGGUAAAUCAAUGUUUAUGAUGUUUUGUCAAGCGUUUGAGGGAAUAGCACAUUUUUUAAAGUUCGUAUAACAAUAAAAGUUUAUGCUUUCCA